UCCAAGACUCUCUCUUAACCUAUAAAAACCUCGGAACCCACCAUCUCACAAAAUUCACUGCUCAGACUCAGAGACUCAAGAGUCUCAGACCCAGCUGGCUCUCCUUAGGCCGCAAGAAAACCCAGCACCUCAACUCAACCAUCAUCCAUUACAGACAAAAAGGCAAUCAGUUCUGGGACCCAGUGAAAAUGGCUCAUGAAAACUAUCGCAUUUCUGCUUUUGAGCAGAGUUAUCGUUGUUACCCUGUCUCGUUUAUUGACAAGUCACAUCUGGAAAAGGGUGAUAAAAUUAUAAUGCCUCCCUCAGCUCUUGACCGCCUCGCAUCUUUACAGAUCGACUACCCUAUGUUGUUUGAACUUAACAAUCCUACUGUUGACCGAGUUACUCAUUGUGGGGUUUUGGAAUUUGUUGCUGAUGAGGGCCUAAUCUAUUUACCUUACUGGAUGAUGGAGAACAUGCUCCUUCAAGAGGGAGACAUUUGUCAAGUGAAAAACAAAAGCCUUGUAAAGGGAACGUAUGUGAAGUUGCAGCCCCACACCAAGGACUUUCUUGAUAUCUCAAAUCCCAAAGCCAUUUUGGAGACUACAUUGAGGAGCUACUCUUGUUUAACCACUGGUGACACUAUCAUGGUUCCUUAUAACAAUAAGAAGUAUUACAUUAACAUAGUUGAAACAAAACCCUCCUCUGCAAUCAGUAUAAUUGAGACGGACUGUGAGGUUGAUUUUGCCCCUCCUCUUGAUUAUGUGGAACCCGAGAAACCAGCACCUAUUACUUCGUCAAAGAAGAGACUACUAGAAGCCGAAGAAGAACCACCUGAAAAGAUACCAAAAUUCAGUCCCUUUACUGGUUCAGGAAAACGAUUGGAUGGGAAACCCUUGACACAAUCAGUUGCACAAGUUUCCUCUCCCAUACUCAAGCAGCACCAACUGGAGAGUGAAAAUGGAACCAAGGGUUCGAAGUCGUCAACUUGUGCUGCACGUCAACACUCUGGAAAGCUUGUGUUUGGAUCAAAUGUCAACCAGCCCACAAAUGAAACCCCAAAAGUUGCCCCAAAGAACAGCAGGCAAGAGCCUUCUCAGAAGGCAGAAGAUCCUUCUCAAAAGACAGAUGAGCCAAAGUUCCAAGCAUUCACGGGGAAGAAGUAUUCACUGAAAGGGUGAAGUUAAAGGCAUAUCCUUCAUCCAAAACAAAAGAAAAAAGAGAAGGCAUUUAUAUUCCAUCAAUUCUUUCUUAGAUGAAACAGUCAAGUGAUGUGGCAAUGGAAGGUCCAACCCUAGAAAGUGUUAUGCACAUGAAUGAUGCUUUUUGUCUUUGUGUAAAUAUCCAUAUGAACCAGAAGUUGGUAUGAAAUGACAAUUCAAACAUACCUUCCAUGUCGUACAGAUUAUGUGGAAUUUUGUUCAUAUAUUUAUAAUAUAUCUUUAUUUUCUUGAA